CAAUCUGCCACCGACAGUUGCGCCAAAGUUGAGAGAAGACUCUGAAGUUGGCAUUAGGCACAUACCGCGCAUGCGCAAUAUUCGCAUACUCCCUAGCUCUAAAUAAGAGUUACAAGAGAAGCGAGAUGACCGACACACCUCCUAGUGAUGGCCCAACUCCAGGGGCAGAUUUCGAUAUGAUGUCAGCACUUGAUUGGAAGGAUGGCAUUGCCACUCUGCCAGGCAGUGACAUCAGGUUUCGCAUGACAGAGUUUGGCACUCUGGAGAUUGUGACGGAGACAGACACAAAAGAGCAAGAGGAGGAGACGAACCAAUCAGUGACAACAUCCACCAGUCAAGCCCCGUCGGAUGCCCAAAAGUCAUUGGCACCAUCUCAGUCAGGACGCCAGGGACGCUCUGAAGCUGCUGGCCCUGAGGAGGACCCCAGUGCUGAGCAGGGCAGCUGCAGGUCAUGUGGUGUGACUGGAGCUCUCAACACCUUCCUGCAGGGCAAGUUCUGCAGUGUUACGUGUGUGCAGCCCACCAGUGGCAGGUCCACUCCAGGCGAGGUGGGUGAGAUCCUGGGGAAGAGAGUGAGGAGGAAAAGGAAGAUGUUCAUGGAAUCAGAUGAUGAGGAGGAUGAGAACCAAGAGGAGGAAGAGGAGAAGCUGAAAGCCUGUAAAGGAAGGAGAGCAGCUAAACUGGCUAGACUGGUAACGGCAGCCCCUGCAAAGAAGCGGACCUGGAGCUGGCAGGCCUACCUAGAGGAGGAGAGGGCCAUUGCUGCACCACUCAAGCUCUUCAAAGAGCACCAGUCGUUCCCUCAGAGCAGGAACAGUUUCAAGGUGGGCAUGAAGCUGGAGGGACUUGACCCUGUGCACCCUUCCCUGUUCUGUGUGCUGACCGUUGCUGAGGUGCAGGGCUACAGGAUGCGGUUACAUUUCGAUGGCUACCCAGAGUGCUAUGACUUCUGGGUGAACGCUGACUCCUGGGACGUAAAGCCUCCGGGCUGGUGUGAGAAAUCAGGCCUGAAACUUUUACUCCCAAAAGGCUGCCGAGAGGGGGAGUUUAACUGGAGCACAUAUGUGAAGAAUUGCAGAGGCCAACUGGCUCCAAAACACCUGUUCAAGAGUCUCAAUACGUCAGUGACACCCUCGGGAUUCCGUGCGGGAAUGAAGCUGGAGGCAGUGGACAGGAAGAACCCCACCCUCAUCUGUGUAGCAACCAUCAACGCUGUCGUCGACAACCGGCUCCUCAUUCACUUUGACAACUGGGAGGACACCUAUGAUUACUGGUGUGAUGCCAGUAGUCCGUACAUCCAUCCUGUUGGGUUUUGUGAGGAUGCAGAGCUGACUUUGACCACGCCUGCAGAAUAUAAGCAUCCACGGUCCUUCUCAUGGGAGCGAUACCUGGAGGAGACAGGAACACAGGCAGCUCCUGCAAGGGCUUUUAAACAGAGGCCGCCCCAUGGCUUUCAGGCCGGCAUGAAGUUGGAGGCGGUGGACCGCAGGAACUCCAUGCUCAUCCGCGUGGCCACCAUCUCCGACACGGAAGAGCACCGGGUCAAGGUACACUUUGAUGGUUGGGGUGAUGAGUACGAUUACUGGUUGGAUGCCGACAGUUCAGACCUACACCCAGUAGGAUGGUGUCAGAAGACAGGACAUCCUCUGCAACAUUCCCAGAGUGGGUCAGAAUCUCCAGUUCUUCCAGGCCAGGGGUGCCCCACUGUGGGAUGCAAUGGCGUUGGACACAUCCGUGGCCCUCGAUACGGCACACACUACACGGCGGUGAGUUGUCCAUACUCGGACGUGAACAUGAACAGAGACGCCCUGCUGCCUGACCGGUUGAGUGGAGAGCGACCCGUGGCCAUCUCCGGCCCUCAGAAGCUGCGCCGCGCCGACCCCCACCCGCACGCUCAGCCCCACACCCCCACACAGCCCAACACCCCCACGCUCCCACCCAGCACACCUGAGGCCACCAACAGCAACCACAAUCACUCCUCGCCGUCCAGGUCUUUGACUGCUAUAAAGUGUGCAAAACUACAGCUGGUGAAACAGGAAGGGGAUGGCAAAGAAUCUCUGCAGCAGUUCCUGCAUGACUCUGUGUUUUGUGGCUGGGAGCCUCCACGGCUGCACCUGAGCUGGGAGAAGCAUGGCAAACUGCUACCUGAAGUGCUGGGGCUCACUGCCAAACGUGUAUCAUCAUGGAGUACUGAGGAGGUAGCUGGUUUUGUCAGAGGAUUGCCGGGGUGUCGGGAGCAUGCUGUUACGUUCAGGAAUGAGCAAAUUGAUGGAGAGGCCUUUCUGCUUCUCACGCAAUCAGACAUCGUUAAGAUCCUGAGCAUCAAGCUUGGCCCCGCUCUUAAGAUUUAUAACUCUAUUCUGAUGCUGAAGAGUGCUGAUGAGGAGUAGCCCCCCCCCCCAGCUCCCAACACCAACCCCACGCCCUGUCCCGUACCUGCCAUGCACCCAGCACAUGCACCUGGACUGGUCUGCACCAAUCACAGAGCAGGAGUUACACAAAGGUCUUCCUGUAGAGAAUGUUUUUGAGGCAAAAGCCAUUUCAGUCCAAAUGGUAUUAUUCUCUAAUUUAAUUAUAAUUGUAAGACGUUGUUUUAAUUAGUGUAUGAGGCCAGAACAAACAGCACAGAGCUUUUACUUGAACUGUAAUGUUAAUAUUCAACAUGUGCUCUGUGUGUGUGUGUGUGUGUGUGUGUGUGUGGUGUAUGUGUGGGCAUGUGUGUGCAUGGAGAUUGAACGGAGGAAAUGUUUUGUUGGUUUAAACAUGAGAUUACAUUUGUAAAACAAACACCUGUAUAGUGUACAGAUUGACUGAUUGGCUGUAUAGUGUACAGAAUGAUUCAGAUUGGUUCUUAAUUGUACAGCAUGAAUCUGAUUGGCUUUUUAGUGUACAGAAUUGUGAAUGGGCCAUUUUAGUGUAUAGAAUGAAUGUGACUGGCACCUUGCUAUGGGAAUGGAAAAGUUGUUUGUUUGCUAAGGGAAAGGAAGUUGAAGUGGAUGUUUGUGCUGGGGGUAGUGGACUCCAGAAAUAAAUGGUGUGACCAUUCA